AGUAACCGUCGCUGGCAAACAGAAGGGCGGAGAUAGGAAGGUGAUGGUGAACUGCUUUCUUGAACUGCUGCAACCCAUGUGCUACAGCUAGAAAAUUGAACAUAAUACAUUGUUUUGAUCUGGAAAUCAACACUAAAUACCACGCUUAAGUAUUAAAAACCCUUGUCCUUCCUGAUUUUUGUCUUUUUGGUCAUUCUUCACAUAGCAACUGUGAUCAUAGGGCAACAAUACGGCCCACUGCGGAUUUAAAGAUAUGAGAAAAAUCUACAAAGAAUAAAACAAUGGCAAGUGAAAUCAUUGUACAGCAUCAACAAUUAGAAUCCAAUGCUGAAGAGAACAUCAGUAAAUCCUCAAAUAAGUAUGAUGUAUCUGUGCAAAAUAUGGCACCCAACCUGGAUGCACUACGAAUCUUGGAACCAGUUAGGAAAAAACUUGCAUCAAUUGAAGCAGAGCGGAUUAUUUCUGUAAUUGAAAAGACUAUUGAUAAAAUAGAAAUAGUCACUUUGAUUCCCUAUAUAAUAAACAAUCUCGAUAGGUUCAGCAUUGCUCUUGGUUUAGAGCUGACGUGUGCUCUAAGAGAACAUGACAGACUAGAGAAACAUCUGGAUUUUGCUUUUAGCAGACUAUUCAAUGUAAAGUAUCCUGCACAGGCAAGUGAGAAUUCAAUACACAAAAUAAAAAUGAAAGAGAAAAAGCAAGAUAUUCAAAUCCUUCAACAGGCCUUUGGUACUUCAGUUAAAAACAUCCUUCGGCUCUUUAAGGGGAAUCCCCCAGCCUGUCAAAUAAUCCAAUCAGAAUGUCAUGCCCGAAGUCGCACCUGUGUAGAUCUCAUCCUGGUGCUAAUGGAACUGAGAGACUUUGUGUUUGAGAGACUUCUGAUAACCCCCAAUGAGGCUAAAGAAAAGUUUGAAUAUAUGCAAAAAAUCAUUAAACGAGAUAAGCAAAACACAGAAAUUACAGCCACUUUGGAAGCCGAACUGACAGAAGCCAUCCAAAACAAAGAAAAUGAGAUGUUGAAGAAGAAUGAGAUAAUUCGGAAACUCAAAAACAACUUACUUCAACUUGACUUGUUCUCACAAGAUUACAUUCGUCAAAUUAAACAAGAUGCAGAGAAACAACAGCUAAAUGAUCAGAAAGAUUCAGAAGGGAAAAUUGCCAAAUACCAUGAAGAAAUAGCUCAGCUUCGAACUCAGUUGAACAACAUGAUAACAGAACACAGAGCAUCUGAAGUAGCUUUAAGAAAGCGAAAAUACAAAAUUGAAACAGAGAUUGAAAACUGGAUCCAGAAGUAUGAUGCUGACCUACAAGAAAAACAGGAUGAAUAUGAACACCUCUUUAAAAUAUACAAUGAUGAAACGGUCCUGCUGUUUGAAUUAGAACAAAAGAUUGGCAUGCUUGAACCAGAAUAUACUCAGAUCGUGGAAGAAAGAAAAAUUAAGGAAGAGAAGAAAAAGGCCAAAGAACAUCAAACAUUCCUAAUGGGAAAAGCAGCUAUCACAAUCCAGUCUUUCUGGAAAGGUUACAAAGUCCGCCAAUUAAUGAAAGCAUUGAAGAAGAAGAAAAAGAAAAAGGGAAAAGGCAAGAAGAAAAAAUGAAGACAAGGAGGAGAUUCAACAGCAGAGUGAGAGAAAGAUGCAAAAAAAUAAAAGUGCAUAUCCUCCCUUUUUUUGUAUUCUAUUGGAAUGUCUUAUUUCUAUUAAUACAAGCUGUAGCCUCCGAAAAUUAAUUAUUCAAUUCUUCUUGUGUGUGUAGCAGCAAAUCUGAUAUCUACCUCAGUCACUGAUUAAAUUGUGUCCCUUUUUUUUCAAAUUUUCUAUUUUCAAUUAUUUACCCUCCUUAACUAUCACCUCAAGAGCAAUAAAGGAUUGGCAAUAAAUGCUGGCGCAGCCAGCAAAGCUUGCAUCCGAUGAAUGAAUUUAAAAAAAUAAAAUUUCGCCAAUAAAUCUA